AACUAAACCCAGUUUCGUAGUAAACAUGGGGUCUUCCAUGGCCUCCCUCUUUCUCACUCUUCUAAUCUUAGCUGUGUCUCUCAGUUUGCCUUUUGAAACCUCCGCGGAUUACACUUAUUCCUCUCCUCCGCCACCACACAAGAAACCUUACAAAUACAAGUCUCCUCCCCCACCAACCCCUGUUUAUAAGUAUAAGUCUCCACCACCACCACCAGUGCAUUAUCCUCCUCCACCUUACAAGUACAAGUCUCCUCCUCCUCCUCCCCCGAUUUAUAAGUACAAGUCUCCCCCACCUCCACCCAAGCACCCAUACAAAUACAAGUCUCCUCCACCACCUCCAACUUCAGUUUACAAAUAUAAGUCGCCACCACCACCAUCACCACCCAAGCAUCCUUACAAGUACAAAUCUCCACCACCACCACCUCCGGUUUACAAGUAUAAGUCUCCACCACCUCCAGUGCACUAUCCUCCACCACCUUAUAAGUACAAGUCCCCACCACCACCACCGCCAUCACCACCAAAACAUCCUUACAAGUACAAGUCUCCACCACCACUAUCACCACCCAAACAUGCUUACAAGUACAAGUCUCCACCCCCGCCACCUCCAGUUUACAAGUACAAGUCUCCACCACCUCCGGUGCACUAUCCUCCACCCCCUUACAAGUACAAGUCCCCACCACCUCCACCACCAUCACCACCCAAACAUCCUUACAAAUACAAGUCACCACCACCUCCUCCAUCCCCACCCAAGCAUCCUUACAAGUACAAGUCUCCACCACCACCAGUGCACUCUCCUCCACCACCUUAUAAGUACAAGUCUCCUCAUCCUCCUCCCAAGGAGUCAUACAAGUACAAGUCUCCUCCCCCACCGUCACCCCAUUAUGUCUACUCUUCACCCCCUCCUCCUCACCACUACUAAUCUACGGCUUUGACAGUAAGGAGAAGAGUGAUUCAAAUAAAGCAACAAAAGAUGGUUUGAAAAUAAAUAUAAAGAGCCAUAAAGAAGAAAAUUAGGAGCCAAGCCUAGUCUCCGCGUUUGAAGUGAAUAAUGUAGACGUAUUUAUAUUUGGCAAUGUAUUAUUCAGUUGGUCCACUUGUUUUUACUCCUGUCUUUCUGCUUAAUAAUAAAAAUGAAUCCUU